CCCUAGCCGCCGCCGCCACCGCAGCUCUAUGGUCUCUCCCUAGAGGUUUGCUGUUGGUGGGCAGCUGCUGCUCUUGCGGUCUCGUGGAUUGGCUGGCCCCGACCUGCAGCACCAUGGAGGAAUUCGAUUCUGAGGACUUCUCCACCUCGGAGGAGGACGAGGACUACGUGCCGUCGGGUGGAGAGUAUAGUGAAGAUGAUGUAAAUGAAUUAGUGAAGGAAGAUGAAGUGGAUGGUGAAGAGCAGACACAGAAAACCAAAGGGAAAAAGAGAAAAGCUCAGAGCAUUCCAGCCAGGAAGAGAAAGCAAGGUGGUCUCUUGUUAGAAGAAGAGGAAGAGGAGGAUGCCAAGGCAGAAUCUGGAGGAAGUAGCAGUGAGGAGGAGGAUGAAGCAGCCAAGCAGGAGAAAGGCACUGGGUCAGAGGCUGCGAGGAAAAAGAAGGAGGAUGAACUCUGGGCCAGCUUCCUCAGUGACGUGGGGCCCAAACCAAAAGCCCCCCCAAGUUCGCAAGUGCAGAAAGGAGAGGAGACUGAAGAGAUGAGUUCCAGUAAAUUGUUGGUGAAAGCAGAAGAGCUUGAGAAACCUAAAGAAACGGAAAAGGUUAAAAUCACCAAGGUGUUUGAUUUUGCUGGUGAAGAAGUGAGGGUGACUAAGGAAGUGGAUGCUACCUCUAAAGAAGCCAAAUCCUUCUUGAAGCAAAACGAGAAAGAAAAACCCCAGGCUAAUGCCCCGUCAGCUGCGCUGUCACUUGCUGCGGGAUCUGGGUUGAAAAGGUCAAGUGGCAUGAGCAGCCUUUUGGGGAAAAUCGGAGCCAAGAAGCAGAAAAUGAGCACCCUUGAGAAAUCCAAGCUGGACUGGGAGAGUUUCAAGGAGGAAGAGGGGAUCAGUGAAGAACUGGCCAUCCAUAACCGAGGCAAAGAGGGGUAUAUUGAACGGAAGGCUUUUCUAGACCGCGUGGAUCACAGGCAGUUCGAAAUUGAGCGGGACCUCAGGCUGAGCAAAAUGAAACCUGGAUGUCUUGGGGGAAAUCAGUAGCCACUUAAUCCUAUUUACAGUGUGAGCUUUUCGUGCAUCUGUGAAAUGUUUCCAGUGUUUCUCAUCCACUACUUCCAGGCGAGAUCUCUUUUUCUACGUUGAAGUUCCAUGUAUGUACCCUGACUUCAUGUGAUUUCAUUCAUUUUACUUUGAAAAGUUGCUCCUUAAAAAAACAAGCUACAAUAAAAAGUGGUCCUGUGAGAGGCUGCUGAAGACAA